AUGCAGCAGCCAGUUGAUCUAUUUCUCUGCUUAUCAUUUCUUACUUUCUCUCUCGUUGUCUAUCUGUCGAAAUUGGUUGAUCUACUUGUUGACCGAUCAUUUAUCUCUCUCUCUCUCUCUCUCUCUCUCUCUCUCUCUUCUCAGCCGCUGUCUAUUUGGUUGAUCCAUUUAUCUACCAUUUUUUUUUUCUACAUCACACUUUCUCUUUUUUCACCAUCUCUCUCUCUCUCUCUCUCUCUCUCUCGAUGUCUAUCAAUUCGGUUAAUCUAUUUUAUCUACCUAUCAUUUCUCACGCUACUGCCCUCUCACGGAGUCUAUCUAUUAGGUUGUUCUAUUUGUUCACUUCUCAUUUCUUUCUCACUCACUCUCUCUCUCUCUCUCUCUCUCUCUCCUCUUUCUUCACCUUCUUUAUCCUGCAACUCACUCUCUUUUCUAUCUCUCUCUGCAACCUUCAUCUCUCUCUCUCUCUCUCGUUGUCCAUCUGUUUAUUAG